AAAAAAAUUUGAUAUUUUACAAAAUUUCGCACAUUUUGUAAAUUUCUUGGCAAAAGAAAGAAGGAUGAAGGGGUUCCCAUGGCGAGCAAGUCUACGGAGUUGGUCAAGUACGUUAGGGUCAGCAACGCACUAUUGAUCCUUCCCUGGUUUUUCCCAUUUCAAACAAUUGCACUCCCCAAUCCUUCAAUAUAACAACCCCUCUCCGCUACCCCUUCCCACCCCAAACAAAAUGUCCUUCCUCUCUUCCUCCACGCCAGACUCCAACCUCGCCACCGCCAAGGCGCUCCUCUCCGCCGCGGCCUCGCUGGCGGCCACCGCAAUGGUCAUCAGCUCCGUGGCCAGCGACCUCCUCCCCUCGGAGCUCACCUCCUACCUCACCGCCACCCUCCGCAGCGCCCUCUCCCGCUUCUCCUCGGAGGUAACCAUGGUCAUCGACGAGUUCGACGGCCUCGCCACCAACGCAAUCUACUCCGCCGUGGAAACCUACCUCGGCACCAAAAUCUCCCCCAACGCGCACCGCCUCAAGGUGACCAAACCCGAGUCCGACCAAACCUUCGUCCUCGCCAUGGACCGCAACGAGUCCCUAACGGACGUCUUCAACGACGUGAAGCUUAACUGGCUCCUCGUCUGCCGUGAAGAAGAUUCCAGAACGUUCCUCAACCCCCGCGACCUCAGCUCCACGUUGAAGUCCGAGGUCCGCUCCCUCGAGCUCACGUUCCACAGGAAGCACAAAGCCAUGGUCCUGGAGACCUACCUCCCCUUCAUCCUCGCCAAGGCCAAGGAAGUGAAGCAGAACACGAAGGCCUUGAAGAUCUUCACCAUGGACUACCAGAGCAUGUUCGGGAACCCCAACGACGUGUGGCUGGGGGCCAACCUCGACCACCCCGCCACUUUUCACACGCUGGCCAUGGAGACCGCCCUCAAGGACUUCGUCUUGAGGGAUCUGGAGCGGUUCGUGCGGAGGAGGGACUAUUAUAGGACCGUGGGGAAGGCGUGGAAGAGGGGCUAUUUGCUUUAUGGGCCACCGGGAACCGGCAAGUCCAGUUUGAUUGCUGCCAUGGCUAAUUAUCUGCGCUUUGAUGUUUAUGACUUGGAGCUCACGGAUUUGCAGUGUAACUCUGAGCUUAGGAGGUUGCUCAUCACGAUGGCGAAUAGGUCCAUUCUUGUUGUUGAGGACAUCGAUUGCACCGUUGAGUUCCGCGAUCGCAGGACCGCCAGACCCACCACCGGGGAUAGUGACAACGAUAGACAGGUUACGUUAUCGGGGUUGUUGAAUUUCAUUGACGGGUUAUGGUCGAGUUGUGGGGAUGAGAGGAUUAUAGUGUUCACAACAAACCAUAAGGAGAAGCUUGACCCUGCGUUGCUGCGCCCUGGUCGCAUGGAUGUUCAUAUCCACAUGUCCUAUUGCACUCCAUGUGGUUUUAGACAGCUUGCUUCCAAUUACCUCAGAAUUAAAGAACAUUCUCUCUUCCCACAGAUUGAGGAGCUACUUCAGGAAACCCAGGUCACUCCAGCUGAAGUGGCAGAGCAACUUCUGAAGAGCAGCAACAUUGAAACUAGUCUUGAACAGCUUCUGCAUUUUCUAAAAACGAAGAAAGAAAGUCACGAACUCGAGGCUAAAAAGAAAGAACGGGAGGAGAAAGAUAAAGAGGAACUGCAGGGGAAGGAGCUUAAUGAUGGUGAUAAAGGAGAAGAGCCUGUUAAAGAGAAUUGUAACGACGAAAGAGAAGUACAACUGAGUUAAACAUCACUUGUUGAAAUUUUAGAUUUGGUGGGGGUCAGAAAGAUUAGUGCUAACAUAAAAUUCACCUUUUUGUUUGGUUUAGACUUUAGACUACCAAAUCUGUAUGGUUAUCUAUCUUUUAGAAUCUUCCUGAGUUUCGAGGUAUACAUAUUUUUCUUUUGCACUUUCUCUUUUGUUAACUCCCAAGAGAAUACUGUAACGCAGUGGAUGAUAAAAGGAAGUCUUAGGAAAUGGGUGUCAUUGUCAUAACCCGGCCACCACAUUUGGUAAGAAAAGCAAUAACUGCAUCUGUUAUAUUUCCUAGGAGAAUACUUCUCUAUUUUGUAUGUAUACACAUAUGCUUACUUUCACAUCUAUAUUUCUGUCUGUUUUUCUGCCUUUCA